GUGUGUUUAAGUAGUUAAAUGUGUGUUUAUUUGCCAAAGAGAUAAUUAAUUUCUUUGGAAAAAUAUAUUGACCAAGCAAAUUCAGAUCAUGUCAGAGGCAUCCGUUUUGACCACAACAACACCUGUUGUGGACCUCCUUUUGGAGUUGGCCACAGCAGCAGCAGCAGCAACAACAACAACAACACCAUCAUCAGCAACAACAAUCCCACCAAAGGCUCUCUAUGCAAAUAGCAGACGAAUGAUCUACAGUUUACUUAUCAUGGGCCUGGGCGUGCUUGGCAAUUCCUUGGCAUUAAUCAUUUUGGCGCGUAAAAAGCAUAACAAAAAUAGCAAAUACACGCUCAUGUUGCGGUGCCUGGCUACUAACAAUCUGGUGGCCUUAUUGGGCAUGUUAACCACCGCCCUGUUGAAGAAUAGCGUAUCCGAGGAGGUACAUCAGUCGUACAUGAGAUUGGAUUGUGUUUGCCAUGUGGUUUGGCGUUUCUUUGGUUUAAGUUCCGGUUGCAUAGCCGCUGUAAUGGCGGCCGAAAGAUGGAUGGCAUUGGCGCGACCCUUUAUCUACCACAAGCACAUUACCUACGAACUGGUACGCAAGACGGUUAAUAUUAUUAUAAUUGUGGCAUUUGUUGUAACCUGUCUGCCAUUAUUGGGCUUUGGUGCUUACAUUGAUGUGGAGACAAAUCCGAAUAUACCGAAAUGUAUACGCUAUCGGGAUGCCAGUGGUGCAUGGAAUAAGGCAUAUGCCAUAUUCUUUAUGGUUUUUGGCACUCUGCUGUGCAUUGUUAUUGUGGCCUGUAAUUUAUUUGUGGCUCACACAUUGCUCUUUGUCAUCGGGAAGAGUCGCACCGCCAAACGUCAUAUGCAUUAUGACAUCGUUGGAGGACGAGACAAAAGCAUACGAAUCGAUCCAGAAAGUAGUAGUGGGACUACCCUAUAUAGCGCUGGCAGUACUUACAGUCAUCAUAGUGGUACGCCAUCGCGUCAGUUUCAUCAUAGUGUCAGUGUGACCAUGUCUGCAACGGACUCAUCACCGGUGGAAAUCAAAUUCGCCAAAUUGAUGGCAUUCCUCAGCUUUUCCUUUGUUAUAUGUUGGAUGCCGCAAAUGAUUGCCAUUCCAUUGGCCAUUAAAACAGAUCGUGUGCCAGCUAGCAAUGCUUUCUUCAUAAUUGCUGAUGUCCUUACAGCUCUACAUUUCACCAUCGAUCCGUAUAUCUAUGUGGUGAGCCGCACAAAGGCCAUCAAUUGGUCACUAUUGGGCUGCAUUAAGCGCUGGCGUUAUGGAUGGCGCAGUGGAGGACUUCGUCGUUCACAAUCGGAUCAGAGCCGCAUGCGCACCACCACCACCGAGGCGAAUACUCUUGAUUGUAAUUACAAUUGACCUUGUCCCCCCUCCUGGCCCUGGUCAUGGUUCAGGCUCAAGUUUCUAGGCACCCUAAGUACUUAAGUUUUUAAUAAGUAUUCUCUGUUUAGUUUUUUUUUCG